UAACCCCAACUGCAACUGCCAGCUUGCAAAACGACGCAAAAAUGGCACAUAAACGCACCAAGAAGCGCACUCAUGUCGGGGCCAAGGGUGGUGAGAACAAGGCCGUCACUGCGAACCAGGUCAAUCGCACGCCGAAGAGCAUGGUUAUUCGCAUUGGCGCUGGCGAGGUGGGACCGAGUGUAAGCCAGUUGGUCAAGGAUGUACGAUUGAUGAUGGAGCCUGGCACUGCCGCGAGGCUGAAGGAGAGGAGAUCGAAUAGGCUGCGGGAUUAUCUCACGAUGGCUGGCCCCUUGGGUGUGUCUCAUCUUAUGCUCUUCUCGAGGUCGGAGUCUGGGAACACGAACAUGCGCUUGACUGUUACGCCGAGAGGACCAACGCUUCACUUCAGAGUCGAGAAAUACUCCCUCUGCAAGGAUGUUAAGAAGGCACUUAAGCACCCGAAGGGAGGUGGAAAGGAAUACCUGUCGCCGCCGCUGCUCGUCAUGAACAACUUCACAGCCCCAGCUGUAGAUGAAUCAAAGGCCGAGUCAAAGAACAAAGUCCCCCGCCACCUCGAGUCCCUCACAACCACCAUGUUCCAGUCCCUAUUCCCACCCAUCUCCCCCCAGACCACACCACUUUCAUCCAUCCGCCGCGUUCUCCUUCUGAACCGCGUAAUCGACCCGAACGAUGACAGCUCAUACGUUAUCAACCUCCGCCACUACGCCAUCACAACCAAGAAGACGGGCCUGUCACGACCGCUGCGCCGCCUGAACGCCGCCGAGAAGCUGCUGCACCAGGGUAACAACAAGAAGAGCAAGGCUAGCUUACCGAAUCUGGGAAAGCUGGAGGAUAUUGCGGAUUUCAUGAUCGGCGGCGAGAACGGUGAAGGGUACAUGACUGAUGCGACGUCUGGAAGUGAGGUGGAGACGGAUGCGGAGGUUGAAAUGCUGGAGUCUACGACUAGAAAGGUUCUUAACAGCAAGGCGAGGCAACGCGCGAGAGCCGCGGAAGGAAAAGAGGGUGAUGCACCUGGUGUUGAGAAGCGUGCGGUCAAGCUCGUUGAGUUGGGCCCGCGGAUGAGACUUCGCAUGACCAAGGUCGAGGAGGGUGUAUGCAACGGAAAGGUUAUGUGGCACGAGUACAUUAACAAGACCGCCGCAGAGCUGAAGGAGAUGGAUAAGGUCUGGGAGAAGAGGAGACAAGAGAAGGAGGCGAGGAAGAAGAUUCAGAAGGAGAACGUAGAGAGGAAGAAGAGGGAGAAGAAGGCCAGCGGUGCAGGUGCCAAGAAGGACGGCGAGGAGGAAGAUGAUGAUGAUGAGUACGAUGAGAUGGAUGUGGAUGAGUGGGAUAGCGAGGGGUUGGAGGGAGAUGCGGAGAUGGAAGUGAAUGAGGAUGCUGAGGAAGAGGGUAAUUGGGAAGAACAGCAGAAGGAUAUUGCCGCUGGUUAGACAUCUGGAUUUAAGGAAUAGGAAAGGUUUGGAGUUAGGGGCUAUUGUACGGCUGGCGAACAAAGAGUUUUUACCAAGGA